AACAAUUGAUAAUUGAAUCAGUAUGUUUCCACUUGUAUAUUUUGUUUUAAUGAAUAUCAAUGUUAUUCUUAAUUAUCAAAUAACAGUUGAUAAAUUUCAUGAGAAUUCUACAUUGGAUGAUUUAAUCAAUGAUAUUAAUCGAAAUUCAUCAAUUGGAUGGAAAGCUAUGAAAUAUGAUCGUUUCAUCAACAUUGAACAUCAUAAUUCAUUGAACACAUUUAACAUUAUUAUUGAUGAUCCAGCGGGAAAUUUUAAAAAUACACCAAUUAUUUCUUAUGAAAAUGUUAAAAUCAUUCUACCGGAUACAUUUGAUUCACGUGUCCAAUGGAAUGAUUGUCAAACUAUUGGUAUCAUAAGUGAUGAGUCUAGAUGUUGUGCAAGUUAUGCUAUUGCAUCCGUUGAAACAAUGGCUAAUCGUUUAUGUAUUCAGUCAUAUGGUCAAGCUCCAUUAUUAAGUGCUUUCGAUGUGUUAACAUGUUGUACAUAUUGUGGUAAAGGUUGCCAUGCCGGUUAUUAUAUUAUGCCAUGGAAUUAUUGGCUUGAACAUGGUAUUGUUACAGGUGGACCAAAUUUAGCUUAUGCUGGUUGUAAACCAUACCCUUAUCCUAAAUGUCAUCAUCAUGACCAUAAUAAAAGUGAUGUCUUAUAUCCAGACUGUGGACAGAAACGUUAUAAUUUACCGGAAUGUAUUGAAAAAUGUCAAUCAACAUAUAGAAUUAAAUAUAAAAAAGAUAAAUAUUAUGGUA